CCGGUGCCGCCGCUGCCCAGCAGGAACCGGGGACAGCCGGGGACACCCUCCCGGUGCCACCCUCCCGGUGCCCUCGGGAACGCGGCUCGGUAAACAAUGGAGCCAGAGGUAAAAGUGAGUGAAGAUUUCAAAAGCCAGUUCAAGGCUUACCAGGAGCAGCAGCAAAGGCGGCUGAAAAGUGUGAUGGAGGCCAAGAGGGAGAUGCAGGACAGGCAGAAGAGCACUGGCAGCACAAAGGAGACUGUAAGAGCCCUGAGUGAUCUAAACCUGUUUAAAAAAGGAUCUCCUGUAAAGGAAGAUGCCAGCAAAAGUUUCUUUGAGGCAGAGAAUGAGCAGCUGCAGGAUCAGCUCCGAGAGCUCCGGGAUGAGAACUGCAGGCUCUACAGGCUGAUGGCAGAGAAAGAUUUUGAAAUAAAGGAGCUCCAGAAAAGAGUAAAGGAGGAGAGGUUGGCUCUGUCAGGGGUGUCUGGUUUGGCUGGAGACGUGGCUGCCACCAAAAUAGUUGAGUUGGCCAAAAGGAACCGGGAGGUGACUGCUGAGUUUGAGAGUGAGAGAGCCAGAGUGAAGCAGCUGAAUCACAGAGUCAAGGAGCUGGAGAGAGAACUACAGGCAGCUGCAGAAAAAAUCCAUUCCCUUGGUGGUGAUGCUGCAGGAAUCAAGGAAUCAGCUCUGAAAAAGCUGGAAGGAAACUUGGCUGAAAAUCCAGAGGUGAAAGCACUGCAAGAAAAAUUGAGCACAGCCAACGUGAAGGUGACAGAAUAUCGGAACCAGCUCCAGAAUUUGAAACAGGAACUGAAGCUGACCCAGAAGAUUUUAGCCAAAGAAGUUGGGGAAGAUGUGAAUAUCCAAAAUCUCUUGACCAAUUCUGGCAGCUGGCGUGGGCGAGCUCAGCAAAUUGUCCUUCUCCAAGGCAAGGUUCACGAGCUGGAGCACAAACUGAAUCAGCAGAAGAUCAGAACUUCCCUGCUGGAGAUGGAUGAGGGGCUGCUGGCAUUUCCUGACUCAAGGAAAUUGUCAGUCCAAGAGAAGAACUUGCUGAAGAUUCGCAGCUUGGAAAAAGAGAAGAAGGAAUCUUUGGAGAAACUCUCUGCGCAACACAACUCUCUCCAGAAAAACCACGAGGAAUUGAAAAAAAAACUUGAUGCCACAAGAGCCAGGAACCAAAUGCUGUGUGGAGAAGUGAAGAUGCUGAAGGGGCAGAUUGGAACCUUGCUGGAGAAAGGGAAACACGAUGAUGAGCUCAUAGAUGCCUUGCUGAGCCAGCAGAAGCAAAUGCAGGAGAUCUUAAAGGGCCUGAGCCAGAAGAAGGGCGAGAACAAGGAGAUGGUGGAGCCUGAGAUUCAGAAACAAAGCACCCUGAUAGAUGAGCUCAGGCAGCUGGUGGCUGACAGAGAAGCAAAGGUUAAAACUCUGGAGGAGGAGAUUGGGCAGCUCACACAUCAGGACAAGUCAGGAGCUGCUCAUCCACCACACUCUGAGCACUCAGCAUCACCUGAGGCUGCAAGGACAGAAUCUGCCCGCACAGUGUCCGCGAUGGGCCACGUGCUCGUGGAGUCAGCAGCCACAGAGCCUUUCUUCCUCAUCCCACCUGCAAGGUCUGCUGGCACGGACAACCUGAGCUGGGAAACGCUGCUGGGAGAGCUCCUAACACAGAGGCUUCUGUGCCAGCCUGCUGCAAAGGAGAGGGAAAAGCUCCUGGAGCUGCUGGCUGUGCUGCAGAGAAGGGUGAUGGAAAGCAGCAGCAAAGUCUUGGAAGCUGAGAAGGAGCUCCAGGAAGAGCAGUGGCAGAGUGACAGCCUGGAACAGCAGCUGGAAAAGCUGCAGGUGGAUCCAGAGAGCAGCACAACUGCCCAGGAGCCUGCCCUGAGGAGCAGGAAAGCCCAGGCCAGCCUCCCCGUGCAUGUGAGUGACAGAGAGGAGCUCUCUGCAGCCCUGGCUGAGCUGCCCCUGGAGUCUCAGCUGGAGGAGCUGAGCAGGAGGCUUGGCUUCCAGCUGGAUGAGAACAAAAGUCUGAAGGAGACUGUGACAGCCAAAGGGGAGGAUUUUGAACUGCAUCAAGCCACAAUGGAGAAAGUGAGGGAUGGGUUUGCAGAGGGUGCUCAGCCCCACACACCAAAGAGUUAAUCCAGAUAUUGCCAGACCUUUGGGCUGCAGAGCAGGGACAGAGCCCAGGCACCAGUGUCAUUUUGCAGCCUCAGAUCCUGUCACUUCUUCAGCAUUUGCAGGAGACGAUGAGAAGCAGAGAUGAAAUACAAAAAGUGAAGGUUUUA